UUGUGUGUAUUAGAGACAGUGGAUACAUGUUUAUCAGUGACAUUGGACGAUGCAUCUAUCGAGUGAAGUUAGUUCGACAACAAAUGGUUUGGGUCACGAAGCCCCGUCGGCGAGCUACGGGGCGUUGCCCAGUCAGCCGCUGACAGCAGAACUCCUGGCUGAAAGGACCCUGGAAGGUCUAUUGGCUGAUCAUCCUGGAGAACUUGUUAAGACUGGAUGCCCGCAUGUUGUGUGUACAGUGCUACCACCACACUGGCGGUCGAACAAGACGCUGCCAGUCGCGUUCAAGGUGGUAGCCCUGGGUGACGUAGGAGAUGGUACUCUGGUCACAGUUAGAGCUGGCAAUGAUGAGAAUUGUUCUGCUGAACUCAGGAACUGUACUGCGGUUAUGAAGAACCAGGUGGCCAAAUUCAAUGACUUGCGAUUUGUUGGGAGGAGUGGAAGAGGUAAAUCCUUCACACUAACCAUAAUGUUGGCGACGUCACCACCGCAAGUGGCCACCUACCAGAAGGCCAUAAAGGUGACGGUGGACGGGCCCAGAGAGCCCAGGUCGAAGACACGUCACCACGGAUUCCAUCCGUUUCAUUUCGGACCACGGUUCGCGCCUGACCCACUUAUGGGCUCUCUGCCUUUCAAAUUAUCCGGCAUAGCGCACCAGCUAGCCGGUCUGCCGGGCAAUGAGUGGGGCGCGCUGGCCCGCCACUACCCCCCUCCACUACUACCCACACAUGCACACUUCACACCACACGUGUUACCGCCCGCACACUCACACCCGCACGCUGUACCACCGGCUCCACAUGAAAAUGACGUAACAUCCGACAAUCCAACAACAAUGCACGCGCACAGUACAACCAGUCCGUCAAACUCUAGACCCAGUUCCCCACAGGAUGACGACGACAUAUCCGUGACGGCUUCCAUAAGCCCGCCACCAGACGACCGUCCUGGGGCUUUCACAUCAGUCACCAGAACGCGAAAGCCCUUACAACCUUUACCUCCCCCUUCAAGCCUAUUCCAUAGCGCCCUUGCCGCUCAACUAUUCUUAAAUUCUCCUCUCUUACCAACCCCUCCAGCCUGGCUAUACUCACAACUAUACGGUGGAUACGACUGGUGGUUACGACCACCACAACCACAAGAAGAUUCCAACUCCAGUCCCGAUAGAGAAGAAACUGGUUCAACCAGUUCCGCAAAGAAACGACCAGCGUCGCCAGAAUGGCCAGAACAAGGUGUCAGAACGAGGAGCAAAGCGUUGAUUUCUUCGGAGAGAAGGCCUGUUGAUGUUUGGCGGCCGUAUUAGUUUAACUGUUGUCGGGGGCACGUGGACUUAUGUCAAUCAGGAAGAAAGGAAAAUAUCGACUUGGAAGUAUACUAAGAGCCAGCGCGCAAGAGCAACUUUUGU